AUGGCAUAUGGUGUUCCGACAGAUUACAUUGAUGACAACUUGGCGAUGGCAGAGAGCACUUCUAUCUUCUAUGUCAAGCAAUUUGCAAUAACUAUGGUAGAAGUGUUCGGUCCACAGUAUUUGGGAGCACCCAAUGCUCAGGACACUCAGAGGCUUUUGGAGAUGAACAAAGCUCAAGGGUUUCCAGGUAUGCUCGGUUCUUGCAACGACAUCAGCGUGCUCGACCGGUCACCUCUCUUUGCCAACUUAGCAAAUGGAGAAGCACCACCGGUGACCUUCGAAGCAAAUGGCCGCACCUACAACUAUGGGUACUAUCUUGCAGAUGGGAUCUACCCGAGGUGGAGUAUAUUCGUCAAGCCGGUUGCAAAACCUGAAGAGGAGCGCAUCAGACGUUUCAUGGAGGUGUACAGCGAAAUUAGAGACAACGAUGUGCAUGACCUAACUCCAGAAAGAUUUGAUGGAAGAGCAUUGGAAAUGGCAUGGCGAAAGAUCCGCAUAGAUUCAUUAUUUUGGCUGGACAGCGGCUGA